CUCGCGUCCAAACUUAACCGUUUGAGAGUAAAGCGAUCAUGGGCUCUUCUUCUAGAAAUCUCUAUGCAGGAAUUGGAGAAGGUCAAUAACCUUCUAGGCCACCACUCUUUGAUGGCACCAACUACUCUUAUUGGAAGGAACGGAUGAGAAUCUACAUUCGUUCCACUAACUUCCAAUUGUGGUUGGUGAUCAAAAAUGGCGAGGAAAUCCCUAUGAAGAAAGUGGGAGAAACCACGGUCCCAAAGACCGAAAACGAAUUUGAUGCCGAGGACAUCAAGAAGAUUGAAAACUAUGCAAAGGCCAUCAAUAUGCUAUAUUGCGCGGUCAACCCCGAUGACUACCGAAAGAUCUCCUGUUGCACAACCGCCAAGGAGUUGUGGGACAAGCUUGAGGUGACGUACGAAGGUACCGAUCAAGUUCGCGAAGCCAAGAUCGACUUUCUCACCCAAGAAUACGAAAUGUUCCGGAUGAAUGAAGGUGAGAAAAUUGAUGACAUGUCCGACCGGUUCUCAAAGAUCAUCAACGAUCUUCAUGCUCUCAAAAAGACUUACACCAACAAGGAUCUCGUGAGGAAAAUCCUGCGAAGCCUCACACCCGAAUGGAGGUCAAAAGCCGAUGCAAUCUAUGAAUCCAUUGGAGUCUCCAACGUCACCAUCGACGGGCUAAGAGAUAACUUUAAAACUUAUGAAUCUACUAUUCUAACCCCGUCUUUGGAUGAACAAAAGAAAAAGGGGAUAGCUCUCAAAGCCACCAAGGAACCGGUGGAAGAGGCUUCAAGCGAUGACGACAAUGAAUUUGGGCUCGUCAUCAAGAAGUUCCACAAGUUCAUGAAGAAGGAAUUUGAGCGGAAGGGAAGGAAGCACGACGGUCCUCCCAAGUGCUACGGCUGUGGCGAGAUUGGCCACAUCAAGCCAAGGUGUCCAAAGGCCAAACACGGCAAGGAUAAGCCUGGCUUCAAGAAGCAAAGGGCCUACAUCUCUUGGGGUGGCGAUUCCGGCGACGAAUCAACCGACCAAGAGGAGGACGAAGAUGCAAAUCUCUGCCUCAUGGCGCACGAAGAUCAAAGCGAUGACGUCCAAGAGGUAUGUAACAUUUCUUCCGACUCUUAUACUUUUGAAGAAAUGCAAGAAGCACUUCAUGAACUUUAUGAAGAAUUUGUUAGCGCCUCUAAAACAAAUAAAUCUUUGAAGAAACGUCUUUCUACACUUGAAAAGGAUUCUUAAAAAUUGGAAAAAGAAAAUGAAAUACUUAAACAAGAAAACAAUUUUUUUGGAAAAAGAAGCGCUGACAAACCAGAAAGCUCAUCGAGUGAAUGUGGGUCUUGCAAAACUUUAAAAGAGCAAAUCGCUAAACUUGAGAGCACGGUCAAGAAAUUUAAUACUCCUCACAAAGACUUAAAUUUACUUCUUGACACUAUGCAUUUUUCUAAAGAAGGAAUAGGUUUUGAUAAAAAUAAAGCAAAAGUCAGUGU